AUGUACUCGGUCUGGACGCGCGCGAACUCCGCGUUCUUCACGUCGCUCAUGGCGCUGGCGGUCAUGUGCACACUCACCUCGUUCAGCACGUAUCUGCACGAGUCCGCGCCCGUCGUGCGCCGUCUCGACCUCGUCAAGCUCCACUCUCUGCGCAAUUACCGCGACAACGUCGACCGCGCCACGCUGUCGUUCGACCUCGAUGCUGACUUGAGCUCGGUGUUCAACUGGAACGUCAAGCAGCUGUUCGUGUACGUGGUGGCCGAGUUCGAGAGCGCCAGCAACAUCCGCAACCAGGUGGUGAUCUGGGACAAGAUCGUGCAGACCAAGGAAGACGCGAGCAUGCUCCAGUUCCAGGACGAGGGGGUCAAGUACUUUCUGGCCGACCAACACGACGAGCUGCGCGGUGCUAAUGUGACGCUCCGACUCGAGUGGGACAUUAUGCCCGUGUGCGGUCGCAUCUUUGUACACACGAGCGACACCAAGGCCGACUUUGGGCUACCGAACAAGUACCAAGGCAAGGCGCCCAAGACUGGUGGACGGUUCUAG